CGCAUUCAGUGUGCUUUACUCUCUGUUUUAGCGCACUAGUCAACUUUGACCUUGCUAACAAAGGGGUCGUUAGGAUUAUUAUAUGAGUUUACUACAUUGAGAAUCGUACAAUCAUUAUUAUGGAUCCUUCAUUUAUGAUAAAGUUAAACAACAUAGCAGAAAAGUAUAAUUAUGAAUUUCGUGAUUGUGAUAUAGUUGAUUUAACAGAAUUUUCAGUCACUAAAACAGGAGAUUUCCUAUCAUCAUUACCAGAUAGUAUAUUAUCAGAUGAUGAAAAUGAUUGUGAUAUUGAAAAUAUUCAACCAUCUACAAAUAGAACAGGAUCUUUUACAAAUACUACUAUUGUCGGUACAUGUAGUGAUACAGAAAAGGAAGAAGAAAAUGAGGAAGAGGAGGAGGAGGAUGAGAAGGAAGUAACAAUGGAAAGUUCAUUAUUUAAUGAAAAUUCCAAAAUGGAUUUUAAUAAUGUAAAAGCUGCUUUAUGUUCAUUGGAAAAAUCAGUAUCUUCUUGGGAAAAGCGAAGAUUUGGUUCACUGAAUGGGUCAAAUUUAUAUACAAGCAAUAGUAGUAGUAGCAGCACUAAAAACAGUCCUAUCCCAGAUGGUGAUAGAAAUCAUUCAAAAGAUAGAAUAUUAUCACAUAUGAAAUCUAAUAAUCUACAUCAUAUUAAAAGAAUUUCACAUAAAGAUAAAUGGAAAUCACCUAUACAAUUAUCAGCAUCAAAACAACGUGUUAUUGAAUGGUUAAAACAACAAGAAUCAUUUAUGUCACAAUUUAUAAUGUGAUGAAUAAUUGUGAAUGAGAUUAAGAUAAAAGAAAUACUAUAGAAUAUCUUCAAUAAUAAUAAUCAUAUAAUCCAUCUUAUUCUUUGGGAAAAUUUCUUUCCCCCUUAUUGUACAGUAGUUAUAUUAAUUGAAUAAAUAGAUGAUUUCAAUAUUA